AUGACCAGUAGCCCUCCAGUACAUGACCAUCGGCUAAAGUCUCUGAGUCAAGACUUAAUUAUCGAAGCACUGGCUCGGAGUCAAGACUUAAGCAUUGAAGCACAGGCUCGGAGUCAAGACUUAAGCAUUGAAGCACUGGCUCGGAGUCAAGACUUAAGCAUUGAAGCACUGGCUCGGAGUCAAGACUUAAGCAUUGAAGCACUGGCUCGGAGUCAAGACUUAAGCAUUGAAGCACUGGCUCGGAGUCAAGACUUAAGCAUUGAAGCACUGGCUCGGAGUCAAGACUUAAGCAUUGAAGCACUGGCUCGGAGUCAAGACUUAAGCAUUGAAGCACUGGCUCGGAGUCAAGACUUAAGCAUUGAAGCACUGGCUCGGAGUACUCGGAGUCAAGACUUAAGCAUUGAAGCACUGGCUCGGAGUCAAGACUUAAGCAUUGAAGCACUGGCUCGGAGUCAAGACUUAAGCAUUGAAGCACUGGCUCGGAGUACUCGAAGUCAAGACUUAAGCAUUGAAGCACUGGCUCGGAGUACUCGGAGUCAAGACUUAAGCAUUGAAGCACUGGCUCGGAGUCAAGACUUAAGCAUUGAAGCACUGGCUCGGAGUCAAGACUUAAGCAUUGAAGCACUGGCUCGGAGUACUCGAAGUCAAGACUUAAGCAUUGAAGCACUGGCUCGGAGUACUCGGAGUCAAGACUUAAGCAUUGAAGCACUGGCUCGGAGUCAAGACUUAAGCAUUGAAGCACUGGCUCGGAGUCAAGACUUAAGCAUUGAAGCACUGGCUAAGAGUCAAGACUUAAGCAUUGAAGCACUGGCUAAGAGUCAAGACUUAAGCAUUGAAGCACUGGAUCGGAGUACUCGGAGUCAAGACUUAAGCAUUGAAGCACUGGCUAAGAGUCAAGACUUAAGCAUUGAAGCACUGGCUAAGAGUCAAGACUUAAGCAUUGAAGCACUGGCUCGGAGUCAAGACUUAAGCAUUGAAGCACUGGCUAAGAGUCAAGACUUAAGCAUUGAAGCACUGGCUAAGAGUCAAGACUUAAGCAUUGAAGCACUGGCUAAGAGUCAAGACUUAAGCAUUGAAGCACUGGCUAAGAGUCAAGACUUAAGCAUUGAAGCACUGGCUAAGAACUUAAGCAUUGAAGCACUGGCUAAGAGUCAAGACUUAAGCAUUGAAGCACUGGCUAAGAGUCAAGACUUAAGCAUUGAAGCACUGGCUCGGAGUCAAGACUUAAGCAUUGAAGCACUGGCUCGGAGUCAAGACUUAAGCAUUGAAGCACUGGCUCGGAGUCAAGACUUAAGCAUUGAAGCACUGGCUCGGAGUCAAGACUUAAGCAUUGAAGCACUGGCUCGGAGUCAAGACUUAAGCAUUGAAGCACUGGCUCGGAGUCAAGACUUAAGCAUUGAAGCACUGGCUCGGAGUCAAGACUUAAGCAUUGAAGCACUGGCUCGGAGUCAAGACUUAAGCAUUGAAGCACUGGCUCGGAGUCAAGACAUUGAAGCACUGGCUCGGAGUCAAGACUUAAGCAUUGAAGCACUGGCUCGGAGUCAAGACAUUGAAGCACUGGCUCGGAGUCAAGACUUAAGCAUUGAAGCACUGGCUCGGAGUCAAGACUUAAGCAUUGAAGCACUGGCUCGGAGUCAAGACUUAAGCAUUGAAGCACUGGCUCGGAGUCAAGACAUUGAAGCACUGGCUCGGAGUCAAGACAUUGAAGCACUGGCUCGGAGUCAAGACAUUGAAGCACUGGCUCGGAGUCAAGACAUUGAAGCACUGGCUCGGAGUCAAGACUUAAGCAUUGAAGCACUGGCCCUUGAGUCAAGACAUUGA